UGCAAACGUAAGAAUUUUAAGUAUGCCGGCAACUUAUUUUUAUAAACCGCAUUUUUUUAGAAUAUGAAGAAAGAUAUUCGACGUCGAUUAGUCCCGAAGAUGUUUUAGCAACCAAGGCAGCCCACGUGACAGCCAUGUACCGGCCGUGUCACAAAUAAAACAAAUAAAUAAAUAAAAUAUCGUCAGUAGUGCACUGUAUAUUAUAUUGAUUAAAUCUUAACCAACUUUCCCAAACUGACAGAACAAAGAAAGAGCCGCCAAUUGCAAAAGCUAGACCCAGAGUACAGUGAGCUAUUGAAAGAAGUUCGAAGGAAGGUAUCCAUUAGUUCAACUUCAAGUGACGAAUAUCACGAUUCCUUGUCAGAGCUGCCAUUAUAUUUGAUAGAAAAUAUUGUGCCAUUAGUUGAACUCUCUAGUUUGAAUAGGAGUAUCAUAGAAGGUACAAUGACCACAUUUGAAUUUGAUGAAGGUGUGCAGCAGUCUACAUUCAAAGGUGAGGAAUUCUAUACUCAGCAUAUGAAUGACUUGUUCUUAAGUGAGCAAAAGAAUCUAGAAAACAUUUUAUGCCAGGGUAAAAAAAUACGUGAAAAGUUGAAGAAUGUUCAGCCAGGGUCGUAUUUGGAAAUAGGUGGGCUUAUGGCUACUCAAGAAGAACCACUGCAAAUAAAGAAAGGUGGACCUGGGCACACCAUUGGUGAUGGAGAGUAUACAUUAAAUCGUCUAACUGGUAUGUGUGCUGCUUAUUGUGCUAGAAAUCGUGUAACCCCUCUGGCAAAAUGUGCAAUGGCCAUUUCUUUGGGCAUAGGUGAUACAGAUAAAAAACUGUAUUAUUCAGCUGCUCCAGGUGCUGAACAUUUUACCGAAGUGUUUGACUACUACCCACUCCUCUGUGCCAUACAGCAACUCAAGAGUGGUAAAGUAUCUAAAGAAAGCAUUGCAAGAAUUGCAUCAGUAAAGAAUAAGGAUGGUGUAACUUUAGCACAGCGCUUAGUUGCUGAUAAGGCUAAUGUUACUAGUAAGGUCAAUUGUUUUGGAAAGGGAAAUAAUUAA